AUGGGAGAGGAAUGAGGGUUCCGGGCUGGCAGCAUUGGUGCUUUAACACCAGCAGAGGCUUUGCCACAUUCUGUUGCUCCCACAGCCAAAUUCUCCCCCACCAAAUAGGAGAGGGGUCCAGGGAGGCACAGCACUGCUGGCUUUGGGCAUCCACUUGUGAUGGAGAGAAUGAAACUCCUGGGACUUCUGCAUGUGGCCAAUUCGCAGGGAGCACAGCAGUGCCAAACCCUCCUGCGGAGUGACAGCUGCAGCGUCACUGCCAUUAAUGAUUGCCAUCACACCACAGCUGGGCUUGGCACUGGUUUCUAAAGCCUGUUGCCAGCUUCUACCAUGCCUGCCUCCACAUACGGUGUAGGAUUUCAGGUUUAACCAGGGUGCCCACCCUGCCAUGCAGGGCAGCAGUAAGGGAUGUGCAUGGGAAGGUUUUGGGACAGUUGUGGCACAACUUGUUGAUGAGCAGUUUAUUCCACACUGCUUCAUUCAGGUGUGCAAGGCACUGAGCUGCCAGGCGGUGAGGGGGCCACCAUGGGCUGUUCUGUUGGCUGGAGCAGGGCAGGCAGCAGAGGGGAUGUCAAUGCAAGGCUAUGGCAGAUCCAGAGGCACCAACACCGCUCCCUGGCUGGCAGGAGGGAAAUAGAGGCAGGAGGCACAUCCCCUUGGCAUCCUCUCCCCCCAGCCCUGAGCCCAGACACACACGGAGGGGCCCAGGCUCUGGCUGCCUGAUAAUGGUGCCUUUGUGCUGCUGCUGACUCAGGGCUUUUUGCUGGGCCCCGUGACCCAUCGGUGGGGGACACUGCAAGGGGAGACACAGCCGGCAGCAGGGGACAGGGCUGCGCUGCGCAGCACCGGCCCUGGCCAGCCUGGGUUUGCAGAAACCUCUUCAACCAGCAGCAUGGAGAGCAGCCUUCUCUCUUCUUCUGGCAGCGUGCAUCUCCCCCAUCCCCUUUCCCCGGUCCCCAUUUGGUGGGGGCUGCCCCUUUUGUCCCCUGCAGGAACCAUGGGCUCCCGGCACUUCCCUGCCCGGACCGUGCUCUUUGAGAAGGAGUCCACCGGUGUCACAUACCGUGUGCCAGCCCUGCUCUACCUGCCCUGUGUGGCCAAGCUGCUGGCCUUCGCCGAGGAGCGGCUGAGCGCCGACGAUGCCCACGCCAACCUGCUGGUGCUGCGCCGCGGCACCGUCUAUGGCAGCUACGUGGAGUGGGAAGACAUGCGGGUGCUGGAGACGGCGGCACUGCAGCACCACCGCUCGAUGAACCCCUGCCCGCUCUAUGAUGAGUUCACCGGCACCCUCUUCCUCUUCUUCAUCACGGUGCUGGGCAGGACACCCGAAGCCUUCCAGAUCGUCACCGGGCAGAACGUGACCCGCCUCUGCUGCGUCACCAGCGCCGAUCAGGGCCAGAGCUGGAGCAAGGCCACCGACCUGACCCAGCAGGUCAUCGGCCGGGCCAUCAAAGAGUGGGCCACCUUCGCGCUGGGCCCAGGGCAUGGGAUCCAGCUGCGCUCGGGCCGGCUGCUUGUUCCUGCCUACAGCUACCACAUCGACUGCAAGGAGUGCUUCGGGCAGCUCUGCAAGACCACCCCGCACUCUUUUGCCUUCUACAGUGACGACCACGGCCAGGGCUGGCGUUUUGGGGAGUUCAUCCCCAACCUGCAGACAGGAGAGUGCCAGCUGGUCUCGGUGGAUGAGGAGGACGGUUCUAAUGUCCUCUACUGCAAUGCCCGCAGCCCCCUGGGCUUCCGCGUCCAGGCGCUGAGCACUGAUGAUGGGGCUGUCUUCCAUGGGGGGCAGCUGGUCCCACGGCUGGUCGAGCCCCCACACGGCUGCCAUGGCAGCAUCAUCGGCUUCCCCGCACCUUUGGUGUACGGCUCUCAGCCCCGCUCGGCUCUGCAGGCACUCCCUGCCAUGGCUGCUGGCAGCGGGACUUCAGCGGGACCUCACAGCUAUGCAUCGCUCCAAAGGGACCCCAAAGGCACUUCUGGGCCCUUCUUCCAAGCGCCGACAUGGGUGCUCUACUCACACCCCACCAGCUCCAUGUCACGGGUCAACAUGGGGGUUCACCUCAGCACCUUCCCCAGGGACGCAGACAGCUGGACUGAGCCCUGGGUCAUCUACGAGGGUCCGAGCGCUUACUCAGACCUGGCUUAUAUGGAGCUGCCCCACAGCCAGUUCCCCGUCUCUGGUGGCCCAGCCAUCGCUUUUGCCUGUCUGUAUGAGAACGGGAAGCGCUCGCCCUAUGAGCAGAUCUCCUUCAGCAUGUUCACACUGCACGACGUGCUCCAGAACAUCCCCCUGACAGCCGCAGUGCCCCGCAGGAAGCGCAGGAGAAGGAGCUGUUGUGUCUCCUAGAGCCACCUGCAGUGCUCCUGGCAGGGGAUGGCAGGGACAGAGGAGGACAGCUACCACCGGUGGCCAGGCUGGAGCUGGUGGCACCUGCAGGCAGCCUGCCAUGAGCCCUGCAGCACUGUGAGCUGUGCUGACGUACACCAGGUCAGGAGUUGGACCGUGCUGAGGGCUGCUGUCCCAGAAAAGGGUUUUAUCUAAUUUUUAUUGCUAAUUUUAAGUAAGUGAUGGUUGGGCUUACACGCUCAUGCUGAUAUGACCACGUCAUCCCAGUGCUCAGCCAUCGUCCCUCUGUCCUACCACCCUCACACCUCCCUUCCUCCACCUCAAAUCCUUCUGAAUAAAUACCCAAUUCCUCAUGCCGCUCUCCUGCUGCUUCCAUCAUCAUGUGAAUUAAAGAAGUGGUUCAUUGCUUUCCCAAACACA